UUUUUAACGAUUUGGCAACACUGUAGCGAUUUCAAAAUGGCCGCUUGUUUUUAGUUUAAAAUCUGUGUCGUCGGUUCGUUAAAAUUGUUUUGAAAUCGAAAGCUUGGCAGUCGAGUAAUGAAACUAACGAGAUUAUUGUUUUGUGCAUCUAAAUUACCGAAAGACUAUUCAAAUUUUCCCGAGCGAUACAUAAAAAGAUGCACGGAAUGGAUAGAUUGGAAACCUCCUCCCGGUCCUCAAUACCGUCAGAAGAUCAUCAAGAGGGACGAAGACAAAUUGUAUUACGAUAUGCACAGAGUAUGGACCGAUGAAUUUAAAAGAGAUAAUCUUCCUGGUGAUAAAAGGAAAGACUAUUUAGUUGAACCUGUGAUAUGGACCAUGUUUAGAGGUGAUAAGGUCGAAAUUCUUGCAGGAAAAGACAAAGGGAAACAAGGUAUAAUUAAUUAUGUUGUUAAAGAACGCAAUUGGGUGUGUGUAGAAGGCCUCAAUUGUGACUACAAAUAUAUUGGAAAGACUAAAAACUUUCCGGGAGUUAUGGUUAAAGAUGAACGACCAUUAUUAGUAACGUCAGAAGUUGCAUUAAUUGACCCUUCAGAUGAAAAGCCAACUAAAGUGAAAUGGAGAUAUACUGAAGAUGGAAAAAAAGUGAGAGUAUCCGUCAGAACAGGUUAUAUCAUACCACUUCCUCUUAAGGCGUUUGAAACUUAUGACUAUAAAUCUAAAGAAUUAUACGUUGAUCAACCAAAAGACACACCAAAAGAAGUCAUUAAAGAAAUCACUUUUAUUCCAAAACUAAUGACAUUUGAGCAAGAAAUUAUGGAAGAUCUGGGAAUUAAAGAAGAACGUAGGCCAUUCUUAACAUAUUGGUAUUAGCCUUAUACAUUUUAUGAUAGGUCGGCUAUACAUAAAAGUUUGUAUUAAAAAAAUUGUGUAUGAGUUAAUGAUAGAAAAUAAAUUGAUUUUGAAGAAUA